GGAAACCCCAUAUUACGUACCGAGAAUGUCUUUUCAUAUGGGAUAUUAAUAUUCUGAGAAGUAUCCAUCUUUGUGUGUUUGAAUGGAGUCUUUAAAUACCGGUUAAAAUUCACAAGAGAAAUAUUACCACCAAAACAUGAAAUCCAAGAUAUUCUCUCUUCCUUUCCUCCUCUUUGUUUUUAUUUUCUCCCACUUCCUACACGGUUACGUUUCUAGUGAUCCUUACCUUGAAGAAUUGGGUCAUCAUGCUGGCUACUACAGCUUGCCAAAUACCAAAUCAUCCAGGUUGUUCUAUUUCUUCUUUGAGUCACGGAACAACAUCACGGAUCCAGUUGUGAUCUGGCUGUCGGGUGGACCGGGUUGUAGUAGCAGCUUCGGUCUGUUGACUGAGAAUGGUCCGUUCACUCUCACUGAGGAUCUCUCACUCUCUCGGAACGAGUAUAGCUGGAACCAGGUUUCCAAUAUAAUUUACGUUGACCAACCCGUUGGGACAGGUUUCAGUAACAUAUCGGACACUGACGUUCUCCGGCAUGACGAAACUGGUGUGAGCAACGACCUCUACAACUUCCUUCAGGUGUUUUUCAAGGAGCAUCCGCAACUCGUGAGGAACGAUUUCUAUAUCACGGGCGAAUCUUAUGCAGGCCAUUACAUUCCAGCUUUGGCUUCUCGCAUUCACACUGGAAAUAAAAACAAUGAAGGGAUUCCAAUAAAACUUAAGGGUAUUGCGAUUGGUAACGGCCUAACCAACCCCGAGAUCCAGUAUGGUGCAUAUGGGGAUUAUGCGCUGGAAAUGAAGUUAAUCUCCCAGUCUGAUCAUGAAAGUCUCAACCAAGUCUACGUUGACUGUCAAGGCUCCAUAAGAGAAUGCAAUAUUGAUGGUGGUUUAGCGUGUGCUUCUGCUUACCACGUCUGCUUCCAAAUCCUUAACUAUAUAAAAUCCGAAAACAAAGACAUGAAUCCCUAUGACGUGAGGAAGAAAUGUGGGGAGCUGAUGUGUGAUGACAAUUCCAAUCUGGAGAAAUUCUUGAACCAAGAGAAUGUAAGGAAAGCGUUAGGAGUUGGAGAUAACGUUUUUGUAUCGUGCAACGAUACAGUUUAUGUUGCGAUGAUAGAGGAUUGGAUGAUUAAUCUCGAGGUUAAGAUCCCAACUCUUAUCGAAGAUGGAGUCAGCCUUCUAGUUUAUGCCGGAGAAUAUGAUUUCGUUUGUAAUUGGCUUGGAAACUCCAGGUGGGUUGAGCAGAUGAAUUGGUCAGGCCAGAAGGAAUUUGGAGCAGCCAAGACAGUGCCGUUCAUGGUGGAUGGUAAAGAAGCCGGUGUAAUGAAGAAUCACGGUCCUCUCACUUUUCUUAAGGUUCAUGAUGCUGGACACAUGGUUCCGAUGGAUCAGCCAAAGGCUUCUCUACAAAUGCUUCAGACUUGGUUGCAAGGAAAGCUCGCUAAUCAAACUGGUGCGAUAGUUCGUCACUGAUUCUAAUGUCCAAGCUGAAUAUAUUGUUAAAAUAAAAUAAAAUGUGUCUUCUUCUUAGUUACCACUCUCUUACAAGUUGUCCAAGCCCUAUCGCUGAGAUGGAUUAGCAAUAUAUGAUAAGUAUGUUUGAGUUAAAAAAUAAAUGGUGUCAUUUUCUUUAAACAAGAAAGUAUUUUCAAUAACCAAAAAUAUUUCGUUUCCAGUUUCC